GCGGGCGAUUACGCAGAAAGGAACCAGCCUUGUCAGGAAGAAUUAGUUACCGGUGGGGGUGGUGGUGCCAUCCCUAGCGCCAUGUUUUAAAUAUCUCCCCUAAAGCCGGCUGCCGGCCUUGUAUCCCAGCCCUAGGGGUAGCAUUCAUGGUAACCAUCGAGGGUUUUAACACUUCGGCCGGGGUUCUAUCGUGAUGAAGAAAGAAUGGGAGUGGGAGUUGAUAGUUGAUGUACAGAAGAAGAAAAAGAAGAAGAAGAAGAAGAAGAAGAAGAAGAGAGGUUGGAUGAUGAUAUGUGCUAGUUACCCGAAUGCGGAAUGAACAACAACAUCUGGUACAAAGAACGUCCACCUCUUCCUGCGCACAAAUCAACGAAUUACAGAAACCUACUUGACCUUGAUCCUGUAUGAUAACUAACAGAUGUCCCCGACUGAUUAAUUAAUAAUACUACUUGUCUUUUCGGCGGACGGCACGGGACGAGAUAUUUAACUACGGGGUACUUGCUGUCAAGAUAGCUGAAGUGAGGCUUUUAUCUCCCCAGUCAGUCGGUUUAACUCUCAGCUGCUAUUGGUAUGCGGGAAUAGGAGAAACCCAAGCACUCAACGCGUUGAUAACCAGUUUGUUGUCAAGCUGUCGCAUCAGCCUCCUCCCAGCCAAUAACUAGCCCUAUGCGUGCUGCUGGAGGUCUGAAGACGUCGAUUGCUACCGUGCAAGGGACCCUCAAAGCGAAGCGAUAUACGCAGUAAACUACUUCUGGAAAAUUUCCGACGUUAACUCGUUCUAGAGAUAAUUGGCGGCUGAACUACCAUUGGACCCAUUUGGACAGCCUUGGACAACCUUGGACCGACCCCUUGGAUCCCCCUGGCAUCGAAGUCUCCUCUCCAUGUUCUCUUCUCAGUAUAGACUCGUAGGCCCGAAAUCAGUCGGCGUUCUAAAUAUUGAACCCUGCAUGGCGGGGGGGGAGAGGGAGGCAGACAGACACCUUGAAUGCAAAACCAGGGGGGAGACCUGGUUGAGGAAAUCCAGGGAUAAUUUUCGCCAUUGAAAUGGACCGAGGUCGAGAAAACCCUGCUUUCGUUUUGCAGCCUUCUUCUGCAUAACAUAUGAAGUAUGAAGAUAGAGACCGUGACAUGAUGAUGCAGCGAGGAAGGGGAUAACAAACAUAUCGCACAAGGCGAGAGUAUAUGAACCCAUUUUACGAGGCUUUCGCAUAUUUAGAAUGUCGUUGCUCUCACCACCACACUAUCGCUUAUUUAUUCACUUAGUUAUCUUGACAAGUUUGCUGAAUAGUUCAUUCAACCAGGAAAGUAUUCAUUCCCCUUCGCAUAUAAAUAUCGUGAUGCCAUGCCGUUGUCUAUGUAUUUAGGUCAACAAACAAACCAAUGCUCAAGUAAAUAAUCAACUAAAUCCAAAUAAGAUAAAAAAAAUAAAAUAAUAAUAAUAACAAGCUUGACACGAGUAUCUAUGACGAGCUAACUAACUAUUUAACUUAACUGGUGGUGGAGGUUUCUACGGAAAGUUUCAAUAUUCCCGCUUGUCUAUUUUUUUUAUCCGUUUCAAGAUCUUUUUGUCCUUGCCUGUCCUCCUCCAAUUCCCGAUAUUCCUUUUGCUGUCGUAUUAUUCCCCCCCUUUUCUCCUUCACAAAAGCUAGAUCUGCGCUUUUGAAAUACUGAUUUUCGCUUCACGGAAGAAGGGUUUAAAAGAGACGUGAGAAAGAAUCUUCGCCUGGGCGCAAACGAAGCCCCAGAUCGCGGGGCACACCUUUUUCUUUUUCCUUAUCUUCACCCCACCAAAUCCACGCUGAGGUGCAAAAGACCGCCACAAUGGUAGAGAAGGUCUAUGUCACAUAUAACCAGGUAUGUCAAGAGGGAGAAGAGGUAGAAGAGAGACGAGAGAAAAAUGAAGAGAGAGGAGAGGAGGCGGGUGGAUGAGAUAGCCACACUGGAGAGUUGGGGGAGCGGAUACAUUGAAACACUGAGAACCCCCACGACCUCAGCGGUGCACAAGCUGUGUCAAGCUUCGGCAGACCGCAUCCUCAAUGACUUCAGACCAAACCUUAUGGUCGCCAUCGGCGGUGGGGGAUAUAUUCCAGCCAGAAUGCUGAGAUCCUUCCUCAAACAGCCCGGCGGCGGAAACAUCCCAAUCCAAGCCAUCGGCCUCUCGCUGUACGAGAACCUAGGCAAAGACGACCAGAUCGAGGAGCUCGGCACAAAAGUUACGCGCACACAAUGGCUCGACCUUAGCUCGUUGGAAAUGGCCAAUCUGAUCGGGAAGAACGUCCUCAUUGUCGACGAGGUCGAUGACACGCGGACGACGCUGGAGUACGCGGUGCGCGAGUUGCAGAAGGAUGUACAGUUGGCUCAGCAGCAAUUGGGGAGGGAGGGCGAGAAAACUACCUUCUCUGUGUUUGUGUUGCAUAACAAAAACAAAGAUAAGAAGGGCAAACUGCCCACUGAUAUGAUGGAAAGUGGCCGAUAUCUCGCCGCCGUCACCACCGGUGACGUCUGGAUUUGCUAUCCAUGGGAAGCCAAAGAUAUCGACGAACACGAUCAGCUGGCGGCUCAACAUCCAUUAGCGUGAUUUCUUCCAGUCUUUCUUUCUUUUUCUUUUUCUUUUCUUUUCUUGUCUUUUCUCUCUCUCUCUCUCUUUUUUUAAGUAGUAACUAAUUAUUCCCUAUAAUGAAUUUAUACAAAAGAAGUUCAUAAAAUGUUACGGUGAUGUUUUGUCUGGUUCCUAGUUUUUUGUUUCUUCCCCCCCCCUGGUUAUUCUAGUCCCACCUUUACUGCACACGUCAUUUUACGAUUUCUUUUUCUUUCUUAGAUUCCCAUGGCAUGGCAAGAGAGACACACAAAGACUGCCCAAAAUGACAAGUAGCUUGAGUGACGAUAUGGAAACAUCCUAAUGAAUACGUGCAUCACACAUUACCUCGUCUCCAAUUAAAACUGUCAUCUCGAUGCGGUCUUGUAGUAUUUCGUACUCGAUUAAAUAAUGAUCACUUCUGACGAGGCGGACAACAUGAUAUCAUGUUCAUCCUUGGUGGUUAUUGUCAAUGCUAAAAAAAAGCCUCGCGGGACAGUUCCGAAU